UCUAACUAACUUGGAUAAUUGUGUACUUAUAAUUAAUGACUUCUCACUAUCAUGAGCUCUCUAUCUUCCAGUGAUGGUGAUGGGUACUAGCCUUCUUAUCUGUAUUUAGCUUAUGUUUUGAUUUUAUUAUUUACAGGAUAUUUUUUCUGGACAUAGCUAGUUUUAGAUAUUUUAUCAAUGGAAUCCAACACUCUACGGAAUGGUGUAUUAAGUACCUUACUGAACGUAAUGUUUCCCAUCAGAAUGCUUUUAAAGACUUAUUCAAUAACUAUUCUCAUGAUUGACAUCAUGUGGGUGAUGCUAAACACAAUGUAUGCCAUACUGCAAGCAGUUUACGAGUUCAUAAGACCACCGCAAAUGAAGUCUGUGGAAUUAGAAAGAGCACUGGUCAUAGGUGCAGGAAGAGGAGUUGGCCGUGAAAUAGCCAUACAACUGGCCAGUCUGGGUGCUACAGUACUGUGUGUGGACAAGAAUAAGAGUAACAAUGAUGAAACCAUACAGGCCAUUAAAGACAUCAAUGGUGUUGUAUCAGGAUACACAUGUGAUAUAACCAGCCGGGAUAGUGUGAAAUCAGUUGCUGAGGAAAUUAAGAAGGAUGUUGGCAAUGUAUCUAUGCUGUUCUACUGCUGUGGUAUACCCAGCCCCAGAUCCUUACUCACUCAGCCUCCGCAAGAUAUACAUGAAACUUUGGAUUUAACACUUACAUCUUAUUUUUGGGUGAUAGACCAAUUUUUACCAGACAUGAAGUCUAAAAACCAUGGACAUAUUGUGGCGCUCACAUCGUGUGCUGGACUCAGUCACAUCAAAGACCAGAUGCCAUUGAGUGUUGCUCAAUUUGCUGUGCAAGGUCUCGCCGAGUCUCUGAUGGAAGAUCUGAGAAUCCACAAGCGGGCUGGAGUCCACGUCACACUAGUGCAUAUUUACCCUUUCAUUGUUGAUGUCAAUGGGCGCAAUGGACGCAAUGGGGAUUUGAGAUUGAGAAUACCUAGCUACUUUGGCACAAUCACUCCGCAGUUGGCAGCCAAGUCGAUACUGGAAAGCGUACGACGGAAUUACCCUGAAGCAUCUGUGCCUAAACAUCUGCUUUACUUGGGACAUUUGCUACGUAUAUUGCCUAGAAAAGCGACAGUUCUCAUCAGAGAAUUAUUAGAUACGGGUGUCGAUUUCGCAUGAGGCUUGAUAAUUUAUAUAAGUACAGAAUAAAAGACAUAGUUUGUCAUAUGCCUUUGAUAUGGUAGCCAUAAGUAGGUAGCUAUUCGAAAACUUAUUUUUAUAGCACUUUAUAUCAUUCCAGAACAAAUAUUAUUUAAGUAAAUUUUUCUAAUCUUAAUAAUUGUUUUGUAUUUUUUAUUUAUGUACAUGACAAUAAGUAGAUGAAUUAUUGUUGUAUAGGAUAAACUGUAACGAUCAGAGACUGAUGGAUCAAAGAAAUUAAAUUUAAGUAUUUUUGAGAAAUAUAUGUAUAAUGGUAUAA